GCUUGCUAACUUCGCCCAAGUAAGAUAAUGGAGAUGGAGGUCCAGGAGAAGCUUUAUCCUGCUCCGCUCCAUUCACAUGAGGAGGUGGUGAGGGAUAGCGUGGGCUUCAUGGAGAGCCUGCGCCGGUUCCACUCCUCCAUGAGCACCAAGUUCAUGGUUCCUGUGAUCGGAGGGAAGGAGCUAGACCUGCAUCUCUUGUACGUGGAGGUGACUCAAAGAGGUGGCCUCGCGAAGGUUGAUCGGUUCUGUGUCCCUUUAUGAUCGACUCAUACUGAUUCCAGCGCUCGGAUUGAAGUGUAACGAGGUGUUGUGUUGGGUCUGUGACUGAUGGAAGUAGGUGAUCGAGGAGAAGAGAUGGAGGGAAGUGAUUGCGGCAUUCAAGUUUCCACCCACCACCACCAGCGCUUCCUUCGUGCUGAGGAGGUACUACCUGAGCUUGCUCCACCACUACGAGCAGGUCUACUACUUCCGGAUCCAGGGGCCUCUGGUUCCCCCGGCAGCUUCUUCCCAAACCAGGGCAACUCCCAGCAAGCUUGACCACAGCGUCGUCGUCUCCGACUCCACCAUGCAGACCCCCAAAGCUCGGAAAAGAGCGCUUCCUGAGCCACAGAGCAAAGGGCCUUACAAUUUCACGGUUACGGGGUCGAUCGAUGGGAAGUUCGAGUACGGAUAUAUGGUGACGGUGAAGAUAGGCGCCGAGACACUGCGAGGUGUGCUUUAUCGUGUCCAGCAAGAACAGCCUUCGGCAGCGUCUUCGUCCUCUUUGGCAGCAGCAGCAGCAGCCGCCGACACUUCUCAUGCCGCUGACGUCGCCGCCGUAACAAGAACAAGGCGUAGGCGGAGGAGGGGGUGGAGGCGCCGCGACCCCGCCCACCCGAAACCAAACCGGAGCGCCUACAACUUCUUCUUCGCCGAGACGCACUCCAAGCUGAAAUCUCUCCAUCCUCACAGGGAAAGAGAGUUCAGCAAGAUGAUCGGGGAGUCCUGGAGCAAGCUCAGUGAAGAGGAAAGAUUGGUAUAUCAAGAUUAUGGAUUGAAGGACAAGGAGAGAUACAAGAUGGAGAUGCAGGAAUACAAGGAGAGAUUGAAGCUUGCUCAGCCAAAGGAAGUGACGGUGGCAAGGGCUGAGCCAUCAUCAGAAGUUGUAACUGAAGAAGUGAAGGAAUCAGCUGAUGGGCAUUAAAUAUGUUAGACAAGCUUAAAAGAUGUAUGCAAUGGAUGCAUUUUAAGGUAGAUCAAGAUCCAUGUUUUGGUGAGAGGUUUCAUCUAAAGGUCAAGGAUGGUACCAAAAUCUAAGUCUUUGAAGAUUAGCUAACUUGAGAGCUGCUUUUUCUAAGCUUCCAUGAAAGAUUAGUAGCAUUUGCUAGUAAAUCUUUAAGAUCUAUAUAAACAUUCUCAAGGUAGCAGGGAGGAUCUCAAUUCACAGCUGAGGAUGUGUAUGAACUGUUGU